AAACCACUCACAUACACACCAGCGACAAACGAAAAGCAGACAACACACGCACGGGAUCCAGACAGAGGUACGAAAAGUGUUGGCAAUCGAGUCCUGACGAUCCUUUUUUGCGCCUAUCCCGUGCCCCGCCAGCUGCUCGUUUUGCUGGAAGUCUGCGAUUGCCGAAUUCGAGGGUGGUUUGUGCAGGUUAAGUCCGUACGGAAUGGAAUAGGCCACGGUCGUAUCGCCACCACACCAACCACCUACAUCAACCAGUGUCAUAUUGUUGUGAAAAAACGCAAAGAAGAAAAAAAAAGACACACACACACAUUGUGAUAUCGUGUGGUGAGGUGGGGGGAAAACAGUCCCCAAAACGACGGCGUUUGUGUAGAUCCCGCUGAUUCCCGCGGGGGGGCGAACAGGAACAGACAGCAAAACAAAGAGCAACCAGCGUAAAGCAUGAGAGCACAACGACGGCACAACGGCUGCGGGAACAAUCGAGUAACGAAGGCUGUCGUCGUUGUCGUCGGAUCGCAGUUGGCUGGUCCGCUUUGCUGCCAGUGAAAUUGGCAUUCCGCCUGCUCGAGGUAACCCACGCAAAACGCAAUUAAGCAUUAACAGAUCCAGCCGUGACGACGCUCGCUAGGGUUUGUCUGCCACUUUCGGUCUCGGUUGCUCCAAAUCUCCAGUGUUUGAGUGCGUGUGUUGAGGAGAAACAACCCGUUCCCGUCCAGCUGAAUAUACUGAGCGCCACUGUCGAGUGUGUUUUGCUCCCAGCGCUGUUUCAAUUCUUGCCUUUGCCGUGCAUCUAGUCUGGCCUGAAACAACCCAGCGCCCAGGUUCAUCCGUAUCCGUGUUCCGUCAUAAGCCUGCGUGUAUGCUGGUCGCGCACGCCUGCGUGAGGUGCUGCAUGGUGUGAUGUUCUCAAACGGGCUUCCGUGCAAUCUAACAUUUCCCAGCUGUCUCGGUGUGCCAAAGGAUAGUGGAAGCGACGAGCUGCUGCCGACCAGCAUGGGAAGCCGCGAACCGGUCAUCCUCAACGUGUACGACAUGUACUGGAUCAACGAAUACACCACCUCGAUCGGGCUCGGUGUGUUCCACUCCGGGGUGGAAGUGUUCGGGACGGAGUUUGCCUACGGUGGCCAUCCGUUUCCGUUUACCGGCGUGUUCGAAAUAUCGCCCCGCGAUCACGACGAGCUCGGUGAUCAGUUUCGGUUUCGGCAAAGCAUUCAGAUUGGCUGCACAGAUUUUACCGAGGAGGAGGUGCGGCGUAUCGUGGAAGAGCUGGGCAACCAGUUCCGGGGCGACCGGUACCAUCUGAUGAACAACAACUGUAACCAUUUUUCCGGCGCAUUGACACAGAUCCUUUGCGGACAGGAAAUACCCAGCUGGGUGAACCGGUUAGCACACUUUAGCUCGUGCGUACCCUUCCUUCAACGCUGCUUACCAAAAGAAUGGCUAACGCCGAAUGCCUUACAACAAUCGAUAACCGCCAUACAGGAUCGCGACUCUGACUCGAGCCCCUUCUGAGAGUAGCUGGAUCGAUUCGGCGCGUAAUGACGAUACCUCUCCCUUCACUACUGUAAUGUCUACCUUUAAACACAAACACACACACACUCACACUACCACUACCAUCUACAACUACUGCUGGAAAAGGGCAGACUACUGCCAACCAAUUGUACCAGAACCAGCCCCGGUGCAGUGUCCGUUAAACCGUUUUUCUUUGCUGUUUCCCUCUGUUUACUUACCUUUUAGCUACUUACGGCGGGACUGGUCACGCCAGUUUAAACUUUCCACCGUUAAACUAAAUUAAAAAAGUGUCAGCAAAACAAUCUUCCACCGAUGGACGAUCGCCGGCCGAUCGAUUGGUGAUGGAACCGGAAACGGCUGUGGGGUGUUGCGUUGCACAGAAUUUUACGGCCUACGUUUAGCGAUCGCAGCAGAGAGAAUUUGGUGGAAAAUGUGUGCUUUUUCCUCAGCUAGAGAAGAUGUUCGGUUUUUCUUUCUUUACUUUAGCAAAACAUAAAUGCACCGAACGAGUAAGCGAAAACGAUAGAUCAAAAACACACGGUACUGGA